UGGAAUUCAAAUAUCCAUUUGUAGGGAGAAAUAUAUUGAAACGAGGUUUUACCAAUUGUCACCAAUGGCGCUAUUUUUCUGAGGCACCGGCAAUACUAAGUCUUCUAGAAUUGUUAUCUUUGAACUUUUGGCCUCAAAUCUGUGGAAAGGUAUUGAUCUUGGGGUUAGAAAUGGAAACAAAGUACGCAAAGGUGUUGGAUAGUGGCCGUCGAGUGGUGGUUGACUUGAAGAGAAAGCGGUCAACCAGAUGUGAAACAAUUUUGACUGGUGCAGCCAGCACUGUGUUAUCUCAUCGGGCUGCCUUGAACUCUUCCAUUCGUAAGCUUAGCAAGCGGAGGAAAUUCGAUGGAUCCAACAGUAAGUGCGGUCCUCGUGUUGUUCAAUCAAAAAAAUCUUUGCUCAAGUACUAUUCAAAUUUCAGGACUAGUGGGGUCCCUAAACGUUUGAUGUUUUAUCAAAAUGGUGAAUGGACUGAUUUUCCUCAAGACUUUGUUGUUUUGAUUAAGAGAGAUCUCCAAGUGAAGAAGGCAGCCAUUGAGGUGGACAUCGAUGGUCAUCCCUUUCUCAUGGAUUUGUUGCAUAUGAUGAAGCUGGACUUGAGGACAGGUUUACAACAACCUAUUGCUUGGAUAGAUGAAGCAGGUAAAUGCUUCUUUCCAGAAAUCUUUUCUGAUGACGACAAACUCUAUGACUGCUGUCACCGUGACUUUGAGAAAGAUAAGGAACAUCUUUUAUCAGAGCCUCGUGGGUACCAAGAUAUUAGGCUUCAACUCGAAAUUGAGUUGAAUGGAUCGGAUUGCUGCAAGUUAAAGGAAUAUAGCGGAGAGUCAAAUGUGCUUGUUAAGAAAAUUCAUGUUGAUGGGAAACCUACUAGUGACCAUUUUGAUGUUGAAGUGGGUGAUAAUUGUGUCGAAGCAUUUGAUACAAAACAUAAUGCACUUAUUUUGGGAAACCAACAUAAAGCUGGUUUUGAUGCUAUGCAAGGAGAAAUGGACUCUGAUGCUGUGAGGAACAUAUUUUUGGUUGGUAUUGGUUCAUUUGCUAGUGCAGAUAUUGUCGACCUAUAUCAUUGCUCAAGUACUUUUUUGCAAGCUCGAUUGGAGUUGUUCCAGAAGCAGGUUGAGAUCACUGACAAGUAUCGCGGAGAUGCAAAUGUUCGAUAUGCUUGGCUCCCUUCUACAAAAGCAGCAGUGGCUAGCAUCAUUAUGUAUGGGCUAGGACAUUGUGGAACAUCUGCCAGUCAAUCCACCCAUGGUUUUGGUGUUCAUCUUUCACCUGCAAACUGCUCUAUAACCAGUGCACGUUACUGCGAUGUGGAUGAAAAUGGUGUGCGAUACAUGCUGUUCUGUCGCGUAGUAAUGGGAAACACGGAGCUUGUGCCAGCAGGAUCUAAACAGUCCCAUCCCAGCAACGAGAACUUUGACAGUGGAGUUGAUGAUCUUCAAAAUCCAAGGAAUUACAUUAUAUGGGAUAUGUAUAAGAAUACCCAUAUUUACCCAGAAUAUGUGGUUAGUUUCAAGGUCUCUUCGGAUGGUGAAGGGUUUUUGGUUGGAAAUCCAAGCAGGCUCGAGAGCUCAAGGGUCAAUUUAGACUUGAAUUCAUCUCCAAUUCAUCAGAGCAAGCUUGAUGUUUCAAGGGGCCAAUUAGACUUGAAUUCAACUUCAGCUCAAUUAGGAGUUGAUUGCGUGCAGGUUUCAGCUGCUAACCUGGGUUCUAGAAAUACAAGGACUCCCAAGUCCCCUUGGCUGCCUUUCCGAAUGUUGUUUUCAGCCAUCUCAAAUAAAGUUCCUCCUAAUCAUAUGGAACUAGUUGAAGCUAAGUAUAAGUUGUUCGUGAGCAAGAAGAUAAGUCGGAACGAUUUUGUUAAACAAUUGAGAAUGAUAGUUGGAGAUACUUUGCUGAGGUCUACAUUAACAAAUCUUCAGUCUGAGGCAAAUAACAAAUUUCCAUUUGGAGAUGGCACCAAGCAGGGUGCUGGAAGGGUUGAGUUUGAGGUUAAUCAGGUAAAUAACAAGCUUCUAUUUGGAUAUGGCGUCAAGCAGGGUGAUGAAAAGGUUAAUUUGGAGGUUGACCAGCUAAAGAACACAUUUCCAUUUGGAAAAGGCACAAAGCGGGGUGCUGGAAGGGUCGAGUAUGGGGUUAAUCAGGAAAAUAACAAAGUUCUAUUUGGAUAUGGUGUCAAGCAGGGAGUUGGAAAGGUUAAGUUGGAGUUUGACCAGGUAGCUUCUAAGUGAUCACAUCUCAAUUUCCCGUUGGCCUAUUUGAGGACAAGGUGGUUUGGUGAUUUUGGUGGUGGGAAUGCGUCGAAAUGAAGAUGUGAAUAUUUAGUGGGACCUGGUUGAAUAGCUUUAGAUAUGAAAUAUAUCAUCAGAACUGUUUAAGUUUUCCUUGUUUUUUGAAUAAAGUUAGGUCCUCGUUUUUGAACUGAUACAUGGUAAUUCCUGGUAGUCAGGAUUUGCAACUGAUACAGCCGUAUUGGGUUGAAACUUUGGUCAUUUUGGAUAUUAAUCGGAUUAUUCCUUGGUUUUGUUUCGUAA